AGCCGUCAUAAACCAGCCUUUCGUUCGACCGAUUGUCGAAAAUCGAAAGAAAAACUUACCGUCCGUGACUCAAGACUAGAUAGUUUCAUAUCAUCGUUAUGAUAUUCCGAUCUGUACUCUGAAAAGAAGUGUUCGGUGAAUUUUUAUUUAGGAAUUUAAAACACAGACAUGUUAGUGUGGCUAGUGUUCAGUGGUUUUCUCCUGCUCGGAAGGUCCCACGCCUCGGAAUCCUUCGAUUAUGCAGCUCCUAAGCUAGAAAUUGACAAUCUUGAGAACGGCUACCACGGCAUCGUGAAGGAGAACGAAACGAUCGUCGAGGUAACGCCGGCGAUCAGGGCGUCGGGCGAAGAGGUAUGCCGCUUCCGCAUUGUCAACAAGCACCACGGCGAAGCUCCUUUCGAAAUUAUCCUCAAGGAUGACGGUUUCGCCGAGCUGAGGGCCAAGCGAGUUCUCAACUGCGAGAAGAGAAAAAACUACAAGUUUGAUAUCGCCGCCGUGGGCUGCAACACCAAACAGAGCGUCAGCGCAACAGUACACAUAACCGUCUCUGACGUGAAUGAGUACGCCCCCACGUUCUCGGAACCAAGCUACGUAAGGCAAGUCGACGAGGGACGGAUCUACAAUGAAAUCGUUCGGGUCGAGGCCACCGACAGGGACUGCACCCCGAAGUUCGGGGACGUGUGCAAGUACGAAAUCCUCACGUCCGAUCAACCCUUCGUCAUCGAUAUGGAUGGUGUUAUUAGGAACACAGAACCACUCGACUAUGAACGUUCCCACAACCACAUCCUUUCCGUUAUCGCUUACGACUGCGGCAUGCGUCAAAGUUUUCCAGCUCUCGUCACCAUCAAAGUCAACAGAGUGUGCAGACUUGGCUGGCGAGGUCUUCCGGAGAGAGUUGACUAUGCACCAAUGUCAGGAAAACAGGAACUGUUUCCUUCAGCAGGUCUCGAGCUUUGUGACGUGCCCUGUAACGUGAGGGAGCUGAGGACCCGAGUGGAUCUCGCUACGAGGCACAUUGGCAAAGGCUGUGACAGAGAUACCUACUCUGUUCAGUCACAAAGAAAACUUUGCGGGGCUUCGCCAGCUGCGAUUGAUCUCCUACCAAGUCCUGGAGUUGGUGCAGAAUGGACAAAACCACUUAUUUCUGAUGAAGGACAUGAAAGUGAUCAGAUGUUCGAGUUCGAUGGUUCCAGCACUGCAGUAUCUAUUCCUAAUUCAAUUUUGGACCACAAUCUACCACCUACUUUCACUGUAGCUACUUGGAUGAGGCACGGACAACAUCAAACUCAAGAUAAACACCUUAAAGAGCAUAUAAUUUGCACUGCCGAUGAUCACAAAAUGAACAGGCAUCACUAUGCUCUUUUUGUGAGAAACUGUAGAUUGAUUCUUCUUCUGAGACGUGACUUUUCAGAAGGAGAUCUGAACAUUUUCCGACCUGCGGAAUGGAGAUGGAAAAUUUCCCAAGUGUGUGACGACCAAUGGCAUCAUUAUGCCAUCAACGUACGUUUUCCUGAUGUUGAGCUCUACAUCGAUGGUCAGCUUUUCCGAGGUGAGAAGAAGAAUCCAGAAGUCAUAGAUGACUGGCCACUCCAUCCCACGAAAGGAAUCAACACUACUCUUACUGUAGGCGCGUGCUGGCAGGGGUCUGACAACAAAAUGAGACAUCAUCUUAAAGGAUAUUUGGCUGGAUUGAGUAUUCUAGUUGGAGAAACUGAAAAACCUGAAGUGUUGAGUUGCCUGCAUCAGUGUAAGGAGAGUUUGCAGGUGCCUGCAAUGGAACUCCUUCAACCAGGAAUGGAACUUCUAACCAACUCGGACUUAACCGAAGUGACAGUAGAAGGUGAUAAUAGAACUAAUCUAGAAACAUUGGUCCGUAAAGUAGGUUACGCCAACUCUAGAGAAUUCCCCACGCCAGGAAGACGGAAUUUACGCCUAUCAACUACUGUGACUUGUGACAAUGGAAAACAGGUCAAGGUACCAGAUGCACAGACUUACGUCAUGGUGCUUCGGCCGCAAACUCCAAGUAUAAUGUUGAAUGGCACAGGAAACAUGGCUAGGAAGUAUGAAGAUUUCAGAAUGGGCGUCAGAGUAUUGGCUGACUUGCACAUUACUGGAGAACAAAAAUUGGAUAAAUGUCAGUUGAGUAUCUACCCCAAUCUGAAUCCAGAUCAUGAGAAUUUGAGCGUUCCAGAAGAAAUGCUAAAACGGCUGGGAAUGGCUGCUAGGGUGUCAAAAGAUGGCGUCACCAUAACUGGAUCAGAUAUGGUCUACAAUUAUCAACAGGUCCUCAGACAGAUUGUCUACACUAAUCAUAAACCUGCUUACUACCUCAACAGAGUUUUCAAACUGACAUGUUCUGAAUUGAAUGGAAGGUUUACCUCCAAUGAAUACGUACAAACACUGACUGUCAUUCAUCCGCAACCCAAAGAAACCAUCGCCCAUGCUAUGGUAAACAAGCACUCUGUCGAGGUGCGACCAGCCUCUGUCAUUUCGCACGACUAUGUACCAUCUGAGCACCUCAAUCUUGUUGCCUCUGGCGGUUCGCACGCCGUUACCAUCAUAGUGGUUGUGUGCGUCGGCUUCCUUCUUUUCAUGAUAGUUCUGGGAGUGAUCCGGAUCAGAGCGGCCCAUCAACGAAACGCCAACGAGGAGGUACAAGAUGGCGAGAUGACAUGGGAUGAUUCUGCACUCACCAUCACUGUAAAUCCCAUGGAGACGGCGGAAAGAAAACUAGAAGGCAACACCAUGGAAUACAGCGAUACGGAGCAAUCUGAUUCUGAGAGCUCUUCUGACGAUGAGAACAUGGAUGGGCCUUGCAGGGUUCCCGACUCUUCAGAUGAUGAUGACGAUCAUCCAAGAGGUUUGCGUAAACAUGAUUAUCAGAAUGUUAGUCAAUUGGAAUGGGAUAACUCCACCAUGUAAGGACAUGCCGAGCAGAUCAACUGCAGAUUGAAGAAAACAAAAUUCAUUUAUUGAAUUGUUCGACAUAUAUUUUGAAGUUGGUUUUAUUUUUUAUUCCAGAAAGAGCACAAAACUUUCAAGAAAAAAUAUUUCCAUUGGAUGAAUUAUUUGUUUCAUUAAGAAUCCUUCCAGAUAUUUUAAGUAAAUAUUCAAAAUUUGAAUGGACUUGUGGUCACUUUAGUAGUUGAAAUUUAAAACCAAUUUCACCACGAUGUCUAAAACCAGUUUUAGUUGAUGUCAAUUUGACUAAUCCUAGCUUCUACACUUUCACAAAAAUCAGUUACUAUCUAUCUUCGGUUUCUGCAGUUGAUCAUGUUUGAUGAAAGAAAUUCAAGGUGCAAUGCAAUCCUGUGCAGGUGCCAUAAAGUGCACUCCCAAUGCCGUACGUAUGAAAACAAAGUAUGCCUAGAAAGUCAGCUUUUGGACCUAAUACUAAAUCAGAAAAUGCAGAUGCCAUUUGCUUUAGCAUUUAAAUAUUGUUUUCGGCGCGUACGGCAUUUGAUAUCAAUAAAUUAAUCGUCCAUAUUUGUUAGAGAUAUGUAUACAGUAUGUUGUAUAUGUAUAUCCAUACGCCCUUUUUAGCUAGUAUGAACAUAUAUUAGAAGCUGUUUACACUCUGCUUGGAUUUUCGCCUUUUUUAUUGGUAUGGCAGCAUUUUUAUUUUCAUAAAUAUUGUUUCUUGUCAAUUUACCAAUAUUCGUAUAUUUGAAAAAACUAUUUUUUCAAUUCAUCUCAAAGUAUUAUUUUAUUUUUUACACAUUUUUUGCUAUUAUUGCUUUGAAUAAGAGAAAUAUUCCAUAUUCAAACUGCUUCUGAGAAGGGGUCUUGGGAAUUCUUUUCAAAGCAAUGCAACAAGAAAUGCUAACAAAAAUUUUUCUGAUUUUUUUUUGAGGUUCCACUAACAAGAUUUGUUUUAAUAAUAUGCGCUUUUUUGUACUUACCUUUUUUAGAUGUUAAGUUCUCACUUUUACACUAUUUUAUACAGUAAUAAAUCAAUCAUAUCAAUUCCUCAAAUACUGUGCUAUCAAUUUUUUUGUUUUUAAUCGUGUCGGACAUUUUCAUCGAUUUACUAAAACAACAUAUUUUUGUGUGAAAUGUGUUGAAAGGUUUUUUGAAAAAAACUAAUAAAACAUUGAUUGAUUUGGACUUUUGUUUCUGUAACAAUCAUUUUAUAUUUCUGAAGUAAUUAUGGAUUGCUAAUAGACUUAGAAAAAGGGUAAACUUGAAAAAUCCCCUUUAAAAAAAAUAACAUGACAAACAUGAAUUCUGAACACAUAGAUUAAUUGGUAUUAACUCUUUCCAUUGAAAGUCUUGCUAUAAAUUAUACCGAAUGUCUCUAAAAAAUUCUGGAUUUUGGCUAUUUUUUACCUUUAUUUAAUAGAUGAAAAUGAUACUACUGUGACAACCCCAAAAAUUGGAGACAUUCUGUAAAGUUUAGCCACACUUGUUGAGAGGCACACUUUUUUACCAAGUUGCUGAAUGUAUGUUGAUUCGAAGAGAAUGUCUGAUACGCAUAACUUUUCUACAAAUUUUCUACUUAAGACUUGAUGUUUGUCCCUUUUCUCGCACAAUGUUCAUCAAUGUUUCGGUUGGUAGUAACCCAGAAAGAUGUACAUACGGUUUUGCAGCUAAAAUAGUAUUUUUUUUAUAAGUAGUUAUGGGUACUUAAUAAAUAAUAUACAUAUAUAUGUAAAUGGUUACAUUUUAUUUUUUUGGGAAGGCAAUUGGCAAUAUAACAAAGAGAAAACUAUACUAUAUCAUAUGAUGCAAUAUUAGAGCGUUUUAUGAUCCUUAUAUUUUUUUUGUAAUAGUGUUACAGUUUAGAAAUUAGUAGCUGUGAUGUCAAAAAUGAAAACAAAACAAUGUUUAGGUUAGAAAAAAUGAGCACUUUCUCUGGAAUUUCUUUUACCGUUUUGUGAAAAUUUCGCAAGUUUUCUGAGGUUAGGCUAAUGAAUGCUCUAAAAGUGUUAACAAAAUCAGUGUUGAUUAUUGAUGUUACUGCAUAUAUUUCUCCUGAGGAUAUAGAAGCUUGAAACAGGGUGAUUGUUUUUAUGAAAUUUUUGGAUGACGUUUCCUUGUUAAGAUUUAAUUAGUUACUUCACAUGGAAAAACGAUUAACCUACCUUUGUUGCAAGUUUUUUUUUUAUUUCAACAAGUUACCAAUUUUUUUGUUUCAAAAAGUGUUCUAUCAGGAAACAUCUGCAAAACUCGUCAAGUAACUGUUAAAACUCUUUUGAAACAUUUUGUAAAUUUGGAGAAUCUUGUAGAAAAGAAACUUGAAUAUCAAUAUGGAGAUGAUAUUUUAAACUGAAUGAUGUUUUUGUAAAUAGUUGUAGAUAGUUAUUUUUUAUAAAUUUUUAACUACUUUGAAAAUUGUUGAAUUUUUAUUUUUCAAUAAGUUUUGUUUUCAUAUUUUAUGAAGGAGACCUAACAUAAAAUUUUCAGUCAAAUCUUAUUUUGAAUAUAUAAAAUGGAUAACUUGCGAAAUUUCCACUACUAAUCUACUUCAUAAAUGAAAUAAUAACACUAUUUUUGACAAAUACGUAACAAAAACACUGUUACAUUCCAAUAAUCUUAAUUAUAAUUUAUUUGUGAAGAUUUAUGUUAUAUGAAGAUUUAUGACUUACUGAUAAAUGGCUUUUUUGUGUGUUGAAAGAAAACAGAAUCAAAUAAUCCGAAUGUCUUUAGGUGUUGAAAAACCACAAUAAUUAUGUAAUACAUGAAUGUAUAUUAAAAUUUAAAAAA